UGCCUGGAUCGUGCUUUAUGUCUGUGGGCCUGAACUUCGUCACUCAGCUGUUUUGAGUGGGGAAAAUAAAGGGGCACCGACACAAUGGCCUUGUUCUCUCUGCGUGCACAUCCACUGUGCUAACCCGCUUGGAAACGCUCCACUAUGGAGUGGCUUUUGAUUGCCCUGGCAACCUGUUUGCUAGCCCUCUGCCCUGUCAAAGGUAAGUGCUGGAAGCAUCCAGAGCUGGAAAGACAUGGGGUAUAGCACAUGGCCCACAAUACAUGAAAGGAGAUUGAUACCAGGACUGAAUCAUUUUGGGAGGUUUAUGUAGACCUCUGCUGUGGAUUGAAGGCCUGUGUUGUAGUGCUCUUGUCGGUUUCAUUCUGUCUAACUAAAGUCUGCUGUACUUAUGGAUCCCAACAUUGUUCUCAAGGGAACGAGUGGAGGUUGGAAUAUGAAGAAGGACUUAGUCAUUACAGCGAGGAGGCUCUCAGAAAGGAGUUUCCUGAGAAGACUCGUCCAAUCAGUUUCAAACACCCACCUUUCACUUGUCCUGACAUGAGCCCUUCUUCUUCAGUGCCCACAUCAGUUGAACUGGUGAAGGCGGCAGAUAUCAAAGUGAUUGCUGCUCUUGGGGACUCUUUGACGACAGCCAUUGGAGCAAAUACGACCACAGUUCUUGGCAUACCUAUCGAAUUUCGACACGUGUCAUGGAGCAUUGGUGGCUAUGGAUCCUUUCAAGACGUCAUUACACUUGCAAAUAUUAUAAGACUAUUCAACCCUACUUUAAUUGGACCUGCCCCAACCCAGACUGUCCAUGGAACUCCAGCUCCUCUGUGUGAGACAGGAUUUAAUCUGGCUGUAACUGGACAUAACACCUUUAAUCUUCCUGAACAAGUGAGACAUUUGAUUGACACACUGAAAACGUACGAGAAUAUUAACUUUGAUGAGGACUGGAAACUCUUGACUGUUCUUAUUGGGAUGAAUGACAUCUGUGAUUACUGCAAAGACAAGUCCCUUUAUUCAGUGGAGAACUUUGUCCAUUACAUGACCGUGUCCUUGGAGAUGCUGAGAAAUGAGGUUCCUCGAAUGAUAGUGAAUGUGGUUCAGAUACUGCCCAUGGAGACCUUGAGGGAAGUACAAAAGCCCACCCCAGGAUGUCUGCUUCAAAGGUCAUUUUGCUCCUGUCUGGUAAAGCCAGCUGCUGGAUCCGCUGAUCUGAAGGAACUGAUCGGAGUCAACCUGGAAUUCCAGAAUGCAUUGGAGAAAUUACUGUACAGUGGCCGUUUCUUUAAGGAUGACUUUGCUGUAGUUUUGCAGCCGUUCCUCAAACACGCAAAUCCACCAAGACUCCCCAAUGGGAAGAUUGACAUGAGCUUCUUUACCCCUGACUGCUUCCACUUUACCAUAAAAGGACAUGAGGAGCUGGCCAAGGGACUCUGGAACAACAUGUUUCAACCUGAGGGGGAAAAGUUCAUGGUGGAGAGCUUUUCAAACCCUAUUGAGCUCAGUUGCCCCCCUGUGGGUCAUCCUUACAUUUAUACCAGACCUGCAAAGACUGGUCCAGCACUUCCUGAGACACCACAGUCAUCUGGCAACAGACCAGCAGCUCUCCGUCUCAUGCUUGUCUUGGCUUUCUUUCAACUCUGGUUGGCUGUAAAUCUGCUCUCUUUGUAGGAUGUCCAUAUGGAGUAUUAUGGUACAUGAUGUCUGCCCAACUCCAUGUUCUACUUGGCCUGGAUCACUUGAUCAACAAGAUGCUGGGUUGUUUUUAACUCAUGUCUGGGUAAAUAUUGGAUAGAACUAAAAUGUUACCCAACCAUGUGUUGACACGACCCAACAUUGGGUAAUUGGGUGUGUUUUGUCCAAUGUUCACCCAGCCAUGGGUUAAAAACAACCUUGCAUUUGUUUUUUUUUGUGAAAUUAUUUUUUUGAAGAUUGCUUGGAAUUUGAACAAAUUUGGUCAGAGAUUCAGAGACUUCAGGGUAGUCUGUAAAUCUGGUAAAUGAAUAAACAACAAAAACAAAAUCAUGCUAUCACUGAAAACCAGUUCAAAAUACAUACACCAUACAAUCAGUAUCUCUUUAAAUUGCUCGAUAAUCUAUAAUGGACAGCAAAAUAGAAAAGUGUAUGCUAACCUGAUAACCUUUUCUGAUAUGCUUAACCAAAAUAGCACAACAGCAGAUGUGCAGCCACAUUUAGCUCUGUGUAAUGGCGCUGUAAUCAAUUUAAGUAUGAAAGGUAAUAGUGUAAGCUAAUUUAAGCUGGUUUGGACAAAAAUUGCCAGAGGUUAACCGGUAAGCUCAUUAAACCUCUGUGGAUACUGAAAUUGAAUGUUGGGUGAUUGUUUUGCUUGUGCAGCUUGGUGAAAAGGUUUUAUUGCCCAAGUUCUUUGCUUUGGAUGCUACAACGAGAAGUGAUUUUAUUCUUUUCAAAUAAAGCUUUUAGAUGGGAUUUUUUUCCUCUGUUAAUUUUUGCUCUGUUAAUUUUUUUGAUUUAUUUAUGCUGGCUAUCUUUGGAGUUUUUGAAUGAACUGUUACAUUUACAUUUCAAAUUCAUGUGCCCUCAUAAACAUCUGAAAAUUUACUUUUACCCUCUUGUGGCGAUCGCUUUCUGAUGACGUCAGCUAGGCAAACCAGUGUUACAUCAGUCAUCGGAGAAUAAAAAAACACAUGAUAUUUACCCCAGUAUAAACAUUAAGAAUAAGGCAAAUUGAAUGUGGCAUGUUUAUUUCAAAAUAAAAUAACACCUCUUGCUGACAGAUACGAAAUAGCAACAUUUUCUAAUUAAAAACUUUGGUUUA